CUGCGCCUUGAGGGAAGCGUCGCCAUAACGCCCAUCGGGGCUGGGAUGGGCUUCCAGCAUGGGGAGCCCCCAGCACCCCCAUCCCUUAGGACACGGGCUGCGCCGGGCCCUGGCUGAGCGUUCCCGAAAGAAGCAGCGGCCGCCCCUCCCUCACCAAGGGGAGUCCAUUGUCAGCUUUUCUAGGAACAGGGUUUCCCCUAAAACCGUGCAGUGCUUGGUAGGACAUCAAACACCACGUCUGGUCCUGUGUCUGUCUACACAGAAUGGCUGAUAUGCAACUGUUCAGGUGACCAGCUUAUUCCUCCUUUCUGAAACGCUGCAAGAAGAGUACUCCCAAGAGGCUUCCCUCCAUCUUCAAGAUGGAAACAGACUCUGGAUAUUCCUCCACAGCUGAGCUGCAGAAGCAGGGAAAGAAGCUCUCUGAUGCCUUGAGGAUCACUGCCUAUGUCUUCAGUACAGGCCUGCUCAUGUUCACUGCCUUAGUGAACACUGCUUCUUGGUUUAUGCAGAAUAUAACUGUAGGCAAUUUCUGGCAAACAGCAUGGUUGGAGUUCUACGACCAUAUGGAGGGAGAUGAGUGGACAAUCUUCCUCGUUGGGGCUGCAUUGGUGCCUGCACUUGCUUUCUGGGGCUUCAAUGGAAUCCUUCUGGUGGCUGAUAUAACAGGAAAGCCAACUUUCAUUACUCGCUAUCGCAUUCAGCUGGGCAAGAAUGAUCCUGUGGACAGAAAGAAACUGUGGAAAGCCAUCUACACAGCGCUGGGUAAUCAGUUCUUUGUCUCCUUUCCCAUGCUUGUGCCCAUGUUCUACAUCAUGCAAUGGUGGGAAAACACCUUCAGCAAGGAAUUACCAACCUUCCAAUGGUUUCUUGUGGAGCUAAGCAUUUUUACUGUAGUAGAGGAAAUUCUCUUCUAUUAUACACACAGGCUUGUUCACCACCCAGUGCUCUAUAAGCACAUUCACAAGAAGCACCACGAGUGGACAGCCCCCAUCGGUGUGGUCUCCAUUUAUGCUCACCCAAUAGAGCACAUAGUCUCCAACACUCUGCCUGUGAUGACUGGCCCGAUGAUUAUGGGAUCUCAUAUUGUUUCAGUCUCAGCAUGGUUCUCCAUUGCUCUUGUAACAACAAGCAUUUCUCACUGUGGCUACCACCUGCCCCUCCUGCCAUCUCCAGAGUUCCACGACUUCCACCACCUCAAGUUCAACCAGUGCUACGGAGUGCUGGGAGUGCUGGAUUUCCUGCAUGGCACGGACAAAAUGUUCAGACAGACCAAAGCCUUCCAGAGACACAAGGUCCUGCUCAGUCUCACACCACUCUCUGAAAGCAUCCCAGAUCCACCCAAAAAAGAGGAGUGAACCAGCUCAGCAGCUCUUGCCCACCCUGGUGAUGAGCAGAGUGAGAGACAAUGAUUUAUGCCAAAUAGUAUUUUAAUCAGGAAACAAAUUCUUGUCCACACAGAUCAUGAAGCUGAAGUUAAAUAUGCUGCUUUGAAACUACUGCACUUUUGUUGCCAUUGUUUACUAUAUAAGACACUUAUAAAAAAAACUGCUCUAGAAAUCUGUUUUUAAAAUUUAA